GAAAUGGAACGUAGCAAACCGCGCGUGGAAUGACAAUUAGUUCGUGGCAUUCCGAUACGGAAAACUAAUUGCUUCACUGACAUUCCUAAGCCCACCCGGUAUUGAUUAAUUUGUCGUUGUUUUCCAUCUUUGGAACGUACAGUGACUUCUGGUUGAGAUAAGAGAUGUUGGACAUUCGUGGCCGUGUUGUAAUUUACAGUACUGUGGGCUGCCCUCAUUGCUUGGCUGCCAAGAAUAGUUUAAAAGAUGCAGGUGUUCCUUUUAUAGAAGUUUCUGUAAACCGUUUCCCAACUGUAAGGACUUGGUUGCAGGGCAAAACAGGCAAGACAAGUGUUCCACAGAUAUUCUUCAAUGAAACUUAUGUUGGUGGAAAUGACGACUUGCAAAAAGUCCUUCAAGAUGAAGAAGCCUGGAAAAAAUUGGUUGAGGAUAUUCAAGAAAAUGAGGCCAAAGAAGAUGAGCUGGUAAUACCACAUCCUUCUGAGGCUGUUGAUGUACCUGAAGAUGAGACCAAAUUUGUAAGUGCAAGUGACCCAGCUGUAGCAGUUAUUGAGGAAUUGAAGGGAAGUGGGAUUCUUCGUAGUCAACGCUUGUCAUUAUUUUCUUCCAUAAAGAAUGCUUUCUCUGGUCAGCAGUUUGUUCAGUGGAUUAUGGAAAAUAAGAAGAUAAAUGAAGAGGAAGCCUUGAAAAUUGGAACUGAACUACUAACUAAAAAAUUCAUAAAAUCAACUCAGGAUGGCUCUGCAUUUGAAAACAAUGCUCAGUCCUAUUACAGCUUGAAUGAUAACAGUGAUUCACUGGCCUUGAAUGCUGGAUUAAACUCAAAACACUGUGGUAUUGCAGUAAAGGCUGCAAUACUAGGAUUGCUAACGCUUGUAAUGAUCAACAUUCAGUUUGCACAGGUUGUAGGGGACAGACUUGUACGCCAGAUCAAACAUGUGGAGAGAGAUAAAAAGAGAAAAGCGGCUUCUAGAGCUAAAGCUAAAAGCUUAGUUAGUCAAGAAUUGUCUAAUGAUAAUUUGUCUCUUUCUGAACCUUCCCCACCAUCUGCCAUUCCUAGUCGUAAUCUUGGCUCUCUCAUGCCAGAACCCGAUGCUGUGGCCAAUUUAGAGGAAAGAACAGUGAAUUAUAAAGCCAUUAAAGAAAGUGAGACCUACAAGGAGUACGUAAUGCUGUCACGUGAGCUACAACAUGUUUCCAUCGAAAACUUGACCCAGGAUGAACUGAAAGCAUUUUUCAUCAACAUAUACAAUGCUCUUGUGAUUCAUGCUACAGUUGAAAAUGGUCCACCAACAAACUGGCUGUCAAGAUAUAAGGUUGAUUGUGCAACUGGGAUAUGUUUUACAUGGUAUAAGGCAUCCAGUGAUUGA